AAUUAAAUCAAUUAAUCAACACUGCUGUAAAGUUGUUUGGGUAUACUUUUGAAUAUACAAACAUGCGAAAGAUAGCUACAAUCCUUCUUCCACUUUUCGCUUACACUCUGGCCAACGAUUGCAUUGGUAAACCCGACGGAACUCAUGUUCACCAAGCUUGUAAUUACUAUGUAGAAUGUCGUAAUCAACAAGAAGUUCCCGUCUAUUGUAAUCCACCAUCGGUUUAUAAUCAUGUGAAGAGAAAAUGCGAUAAUCCUCAGAACACACCACCUCCUUGCGGAGCUGAAGAGAAGUGCGAUGGUUUGCCAAACGGAAGGUAUCCCCUAUUGAAUCUUCAAUGCCAAUGCUAUUUUACUUGUCAAGGAGGCACAAACAUUGGAACCCAAUGCUGUCCAAAUAAUUUGGUUUGGGAUGUAUUUACCGAUGUAUGUAAUUGGCCAAAUCUAACGCCUCCACCUUGCGGAACUAAACCACCAGAGAUUCCUCUUCCCACUACAGCAGCACCCCUGCCUACUACUAACACACCAAAGCCUGCUACUACUCAGGGUGCAAUUCCUCAAACAACUUCACAAUUUGGCUGUCCGCCUACCAAUUUUUGCCAAUCAAAUCAAAUAUGCUGCUGGCAUAAACCAACUAUUUCUGGUUGUUGUAACAGCGGUUUUAAAUGUUGUCCAUCGAUAAGAGGCGAUGACCAUGAUUGCUGUCCAGUAAAUGAAGUCGUUUACGCUUUGGCCAACGAUUGCAUUGGUAAACCCGACGGAACUCAUAUUCACCAAGCUUGUAAUUACUAUGUAGAAUGUCGUAAUCAACAAGAAGUUCCCGUCUUUUGUAAUCCACCAUCGGUUUAUAAUCAUAUGAAGAGAACAUGCGAUAACCCUCAGAACACACCACCUCCUUGCGGAAAUGAAGAGAAGUGCGAUGAUUUACCAAACGGAAGGUAUCCCCUAUUGAAUCUUCAAUGCCAAUGCUAUUUUACUUGUCAAGGAGGCACAAACAUUGGAACCCAAUGCUGUCCAAAUAGUUUGGUUUGGGAUGUAUUUACCGAUGUAUGUAAUUGGCCAAAUCUAACGCCUCCACCUUGCGGAUCUAAACCACCAGAAGCUACUCCUACCCCUUCUCUAAAGGCUAAUCCGGAAUAG